CGAAGCAACUCCUCCAUGGCUCCCGCAUGCAUACACCAACCCUCCGACACGUCCACGCACCCGCCCUCUCUCUACAACUAUUCCGAAGCAACUCCCACCGAGACAUCGAUUAGCACAAGCAUCGUAAGCCGUCUCUCGGGGGUCCCAUUGCUGGAGGAGCGGAACGGGGUGCUUGAACGCACAGAGAAUGACAUUCAACACCCGACAUACGAGUGUUGCUUUCACUUCCUCAACUGCAACUACAUAACACACGAUCCACGGGAAUGGCGUACACAUUGCUUAUCCCACUGGCGCGGUGAAGAACCACCCAAGGAAGCCCUAUGUCCACUCUGUGAUUUCAAAACCUACAGCGAAAGCGGGUUCUACGCAUGGGAACUGCGAAUGGACCAUGUGGAAUUCCACCACUCGGUAUUGGGAGAGACGUUACGUACCUCGAGGCCCGACUUCAGGAUGUACCACCACCUGUGGCAGAAGCGUCUCAUCGAUGACCAAGACCUGAAGGAAUUGAUGGGAGGGAACCACAACCUGACACGGACACCGCUGAACUACACUCUUACCAAUAAUAGUCGGCGGGCACGUAACGGCCGCGACGGAAGGGGGCAG